CCGUCCCCGAGUUUCUGAUUGGAUUGUACGCUUGUUUGACCAGCGAUUGGUUGCCUUGUUACAAAUGGAUCUCGUCAAACAUACAGGGGGAUGCCACUGUGGGGCUGUUAGAUUUGAAGUUUGGAGUUCCCCUGACCUUCACGUUUUCCAAUGCAACUGUAGCAUCUGCACAAAGAAACAAAACCAUCACUUUAUUGUUCCACAAAAUCUCUUCAAACUCCUACAGGGAUCAGAAAAUCUGACCACAUACACGUUUAACACUCACGUUGCUAAACACACCUUCUGUAAAACCUGCGGAGUUCAAAGUUUCUACACUCCUCGCUCCAACCCUGAUGGAUACGGUGUCGCUCCACACUGUCUGGACCCAGGCACUGUCCGCAGUGUCACGGUGGAGAAGUUUUGUGGGGAGAAGUGGGAAGACAGCAUGCAAGCUCACAAGACCAUCAGAGACAUGUCUAAACCUGCAGCAGACACAGCUGAGAGAAGCUAAAUAACACCACUGUGAUACAUGAAUCAAAGUUCUUUUUAAAUCAGCUCUAUACCAGAAAAAAAAUGGACAGUAUCUUUGAAAUUGUGCGAUGAAAAAUAAAGCUCAUUUACAGAUUCACACAACAGUGUUGUUUUUAUACAGU